AUGAUGAAUAGCCACGCUAUGGUUCUGGAGAAACCGAAUGAUACUGCAAAUGUUGACAAAGAUGAGCUAUACAAGUAUGUUCUCAAAGUCAUUCUCCUUGAGUACUGCAAUGAAACUCGUUUCAGAACACCAAUUAUAACACCAAAUAAACCAUCUCAACCGACAUCGUCACGACUGAGCGUGUUGUUAGACUCAGUACUACCGAGUUACGCUAUGAAGCUGCUAAUGGCUCGACUACAAGAUGUCAUGACAAAGAAGACGUCAUUGACUGACGAAAAAACAAGGCGAUCAUUGCUUAGAUUAUAUGGAGAUUUACUAGAUACGCAAAGGGGUACAGAUUUGCGUAAUGUUGACUUUUUGAUUCCAAAGUUUGCAGCAUACGCCAACCAGGAGUUGCGAAAGGUUGGGGUUGUAGAUGAAAAUGAGAUCAAGGUAGAAGUGUUUCGACAAAGCUCUGAGUUUAUCGAUAUUUUGAUCAAUAUAUUGAAAAGCAAAAAAGAUUCAGAUCAGGCUCUCAUCUCACGACUUCGUGAGAGAAAGAAAGAGCUUAAAGGAAGCCUGGUCUCAAAGAAUAGCGCGAAAGAGGAGUUUAAAUACCCCACAAAAUCUUAUAGAGUUGAUGAUAUGAAUGAGAAGUUUUUGCAAGUGUUUCGAGAGGUGUUUCAAGUGAACAAUACAAAAAUUCAAACGGAUGUGUUCAAAUACAAGGACUCAGCGUCGGCAAAGCAAUUGCAUGAAGACUUAAAGAAUAUUUUAUCGAUCGAACAGAUUGGUAGUGAAUAUGCAAAUGAAUAUGCCGCACAAUCCUGGAGAAAGAGACAAAACGACAUUGCGUCUCACUUACAAACUAGGUACAAGAUUGUAAGUGACUCCAAUCAGCUGUCAACUGCCCCUGUUCCUCAAAAUGAACAGUUCCAUAUACUUCCUCCAACUCACAUAGCGAGGGGUCUCUAUUCACUCUUACUAUCAUUAGUAAUUAAACAAAUGCCCCACGAGCACCCUUCAGAUUCAGGAUUUCACUUGUCGCAUAACGUGGUUGACUUUUUGAAUAUCAUUGCUCGUGUUUGGUUUAUUGAUUAUCCGACUCGUGCUGUUGCGCUUUAUUCAGCAGGCAAUGAGUUUAACAAAUUUUCGGAGGACCUUUUAGAAAAUGGCGAAAAAGUGUCAACAAGGGGCGCCUCAUUGAGUGCUUGUCAAGAUCUUUUCGCUACUCUUAAAAAGGUAGUUGCGGAUGGUGGCUUGAAUUGGCAAGAGAAAGAUUACUGGAGUUUAACAGAUCAGGAACUAUGGGUCGAAAAUUUGACAGUUACAUACAAUGACAUUUUUUGUUCCUUGAGGUACUGUUUCACCAAACUUUUCAAUGUAAACGAUAAGCCGAAAUUUGGGCCAUAUCUCGAAUUCCUUGCAGCUAAUAUAGAAACUGACUCCUGGUUUUAUCGUAUCGAAAAGUCAGGGUUGCCCCAAAAAUGGGAAAAAAGAUUGACCAAAGCCCUUUUGAGAAUAGCUGGAAGAAGAUACGAGGAAUACUUGGAAAAUUUACCGCGUGACGAGACAUUGAACGUGCUACAUUUACUAGAUAUUUGUGAUAAGCUUGUUGGCGAUAUUAAAAAUCUUCAGAAGAAGUACAAGAAUCCAUUUUUGGGGUUCCUACAUGUUGCAAAGACAGUUGCAUCAAUUACAACGGGAAUGUUUGCUAGCGACGCCAAAAUGAUUUUGAACCACAUUCAGAGUUCAUGCAAAAGGAGGAAUGAGACUAUACCAGUGAGCGAUGCUUUGGAAGUAUACCAACUGCUAAGGGAAGUGAGGGAUAUAUACUACCAGGUCACCCCUCGAGAUCCCAAGUUUCAAUUCGAUUUGGAGGCAUUCUUUUUCCCGUUUUUGAACGCUUGGGCGGAUGAAUCAGAGGAGAAACUCAAGGACAUUGUCAAUGAGGCUUUGAAAAAAGACGAUUACGAGCCAAUCAGUUUCGAGGAAAGCAGUAAACGCAAUAGCCGAGCUGUAUUGGAUAUAUUCGCAAUUAUUCGACAAUACUUGACUAUUUUGAAUAAACAAGGCUGGCAAGAUGAGCGCCAGGCCCUGCAAAUAUAUACCAAAUUAUUACGGAGUAUUUCCAAUUGUGCUUUGUUUUAUUCCGAACAAAUCACAACCAAAAUCAACCGCGAACUAACAACGGCCAAAGACGAAACCGAAGAAUUGCCCGAGGCAAGAAAGAACUGGCUUAAUGAAGUCAAAAACGUGGUCAGCAGUAUACAAAAUUUUAACAGAGCAGAACCUGCGGUGGUAUAUAAUUUUGAAGCCGAAACGUGCAUAGCUCUCAACAACAUUGCUGCGAUGAUUGAUAGCUUAGCAAGGCUCGAAGAGUGGUUGGACCCUGAGUCCAUAUCCAAGUCAUUAUCAACAUAUGAACCCAAUGCACAAAAACAAUUCCUAAGCCAUGUGUUUACAGUAAGAGUGAUCAAAGCAGAAAAUAUCAUAUUGUCAAAAGAUUCCGCGUUUGGACGGACAAACCCUUAUGUUCAACUUGUUGAUCUUAGUAGCAAGAAGUCUAUAGGCAAAACCAGAAUCUUAAGACACACAUCGGAUCCAGAGUGGGAUGAAGAGUUUGAAAUAACGAUACCAGCAAAUACUUCAUUAGAGUUGUCUGCUGUUGUUUGGAGUGAAAGUAUGGGACAGCAUCAAAUAUGCGGUAAAGCUUUUUACGAACUUAACCCUAAAAAAUUUAAGCAUAACGGCUUCCCAGAGGAGCUAACAUUGGAUCUUGAUAUCCUGGGUAAGUUAGUUAUAGAGGUUGCCGUUGAAAGUGAGACUUUGGAUGCAAUGUUUGUUAUGGGCAGAGCCUAUAGGGCAUUAAAAAGAUCCCAAGAGAAAUCCAUCAAAUCAAUGGUUGAAAAAUUUCUGGAGUUUAUUGAGGAGUGUUUCUCCAAGGCCAAUUUGAAAGCUGUUUGUGCCAAGGGACAACCGUCAACAGUGGAAUUUGAAGCAUCGAUAGAAAAUCUAUGUGAUUACUUGAAUUUGAACUUGAGUACUCUCAAGACGUAUUUAAGAGAUGAUCUUUUCUUGGAAGUGAUGCUAGCAACCUGGAAUGUGGUUAUCAAAUGUGCCGAUGAAUUGUUAUUACCCAAAUUAUCAAAAGCAAAAGUGGAUGCUGAUUCGAGUAGCUGGCUGGCAGUAUCGUCCAAAUUUGCGAACGUUUCGAUCUCAACGAAAGCAAUGUUUGGUUUCGAUAGCCCUUUAAGUGUAGUAGAGAUUGAAACUGUUCUACGUUGGUUAGAUUUAUUAACGGAAUUUUUCCACAAUGAAGGAAAUGGCCCACCAUUAGAAGACUUGAAAACGGAAAAGUAUCAGUCUUUGUUGUUGAUACCAGCGUAUUAUGAUCAGUCAGAGGAUGAUUUGGUUGAGGAGGUGGAGAUUCUAUCCCCUGGGUAUGUACAAAUGCUUACCAAUCGGAACCAAUUGAGCUUUGAGGGUCCUAUCACUUCAAUCAAGAGAGGUGUGACCCUUAGCAGGAGUAAAACAAUGUACGCCAGUGCUACUGCCAAAAAUAGAGCUAUUGCUGCCAAGGAGAAGAAGGUUGCCAAGACUGACCCAGAUGCUAAUAUGGUGUUGAAAGAGGAUAUUAUUCUUCGAAUUCUUUUUGCUCGUGGCCAAAAGGACUUUGUUCGCACGAGGUUGAAUCAACGCGCAAAAUUGGCAUACAGUCUUGCAACCGAAAGAAUGGCGAGAAUAGCUGCAGAAAGAAGAUUGUAUAAGUAA